AUGACGAGCUUCCAGAUCUUUUUUGCCCAUGAAGGCGAAUUGAUUUUGGAGAUGGAAACCCAGUUGCAGAAACAUGGUUUGUCAUGGCUGAGAACUAUUGUCUUCGUUUUGUGGUGGAGAACAUUCGUCUACAACAUCGCUGACACGGAAGACCAGGCUGGAAGAAACCGGUUCAUGUCGUCGGUGACGGAUUCGAUUCGGUGCGUAGGAAAUAAGGCUCGGUGCGUAGGAAUUAAGGCCCCUGCAGAUGACGAGAAACUGAGCCCUGCACCCGAUGAGAAGUUGAGCCCUGCACACAACAAGAUAUCUUCGGCCCACGCCACGGUCCUCGAUACACUACGCCUCAAUUUUGACGAUGAUAAACAUCCGUCUGCAACAUCGCUGACACGGAAGGCUAAGAAACAAAUCCCUGUCCCAGCCCUUGGCCCAUCUUGGAGACAAAGACGUGGCGCUGGAGAAGCUCUUCACCUGAAUCAUGCCUAG